AUUGCUAACUUUUAGAACACGAUUUGUAGAGUAGUGAUAAUAGAUCAAUAUUUCUGUAUUAUUUUGGUUAAAUCCUUUCCAAAAAUGGCUUUAUAUGAUGACUUGGACACAAAGCAAGGACCAGAUAAAGUGGCCGGUUGGUCAUCUGGUAUAAAACUACUUCAAACGCAAUUACAAGCAAAGAAAGCUACACAACCAAUCAUUCCACCUAAGAACACUUUAAGGAAACCCGUUCUGACACCUGUAGUAAAUUUGAAAGCGAAGAAGGACAAUUUUGAUUUGUUCGGAAAAUCAUCUGGAAAUCAUUCUGCGUCGGAUAACAAAGGAAAACCGGUAACUAUCACAACUAAAAAUAUCCCGAAUGCGAGUAGCUCUAACUCCGGAGAUACGUAUAGUUGGGAUGUAAUUGACGAAUACGAUCCAUUAUGGCCGAAUGAGUACGAAAAAUUAGCUCAAGAACGAAAACCGAAGGAGCCGGUUGUUAAGGCUUCUCAACACUACGGGCGAAAUAGGAGAGAGUAUAAGCGCUUAGGGAAUAAGCAGCACUCUGGUGGAGGUCAUGGUGAUGCUGAUGGCCCGGCUGCUAAAAAAAGUGGCUUUGCUGGACGACCAACCUCAGAAGAUGAAGAGGAGUUCGUGCCAACGCAGCAAAGGGCUAGUGGUGCUGCCAUUGCACCACCCGCUUCGCUUCAAGAAUCAAUUGCACAAAUUCCCGACGGUGUCAAAAUGUCGCAACUUACGGCCUACGGUGGGACCUCAGUUGCCGCAAAAAUUAUGGCUAAAUAUGGAUUCAAAGAUGGUCAAGGUCUGGGCAAGCAAGAACAGGGUAUGUCCAUGGCUUUGCAGGUUGAAAAAACAUCUAAACGGGGAGGCCGUAUCGUACAUGAAAAAGAUAUAAGCGUACCGAUUCCCGAGGAGGUCGCCCCAAUUCCUCCUCAAGAACCGGCGAUCAAUCAAUCAGCAAUUGAGCCGUCUAUCACGGAGAUAAUGAAAUCGCCAAGCAAAGUGGUUUUACUGAGAAACAUGGUCGGACCUGGAGACGUAGACGACGAGCUGGAGCCGGAAGUUAAAGACGAGUGUAAUACCAAAUAUGGCGAAGUGGUCACGGUUGUGAUCAAUGAAAUACCCAACGUCGUUCCGGAGGAAGCAGUUAGAAUUUUCGUUGAGUUCAAGCGAAUGGAAAGUGCCAUCAAAGCGGUGGUUGACUUGAAUGGCCGAUUCUUCGGUGGUCGCCAAGUGCGGGCCGGUUUCUAUAAUCAGGAAAGGUUUGAUAACAUGGACCUACUAUAAACGGGAUUUUACGGAAUGAAAUAAAUCAUGUUUUACAACAAAAUGCGGUAAGCAGAUAUAGUGACGUGUAAAAAUGUCUUCAUAAUUAUUUGAAAUAAACUCUCGAUUACCCUUUGUCAGUGGGAUUGUGAAA